AUGGAUGGAAGUGAUAUCUAUCGAGCAAGUAAUGGAAUACGAUUAGGGAGUUUACGAGCAAAUAGUGGAAGAACAGGGAGUUUGAGAGCUUCGAGUACUUCGGCAUGGAGGAAUUCCACCAUGGAUGUUUUUUCGAAAUCUUCUCGUGAAGAAAACGACGAAGAGGCUCUUAAAUGGGCUGCUCUUGAGAAGCUACCGACGUUUGAUCGAUUGAAAAAAGGUUUAUUGUUUGGAUCAACCGGACCCUCGAAUGAAAUCGAUAUCGAUAACCUUGGAAUGCCGGAGCGAAAGCGAUUACUCGAUCGGCUUGUGAAUGCUGCAGAUGAAGAUAAUGAGAAGUUCUUGUUGAGGCUCAGAAAUAGAAUCGAUAGGGUUGGAAUUGAAUUGCCAACAAUUGAAGUCAAGUUUGAGCAUUUGACUGUGGAAGCAGAUAUUAAAACAGGAAGCAGAGCUUUACCCAGUUUCAUCAAUUUCUUCUAUGAUUUUGCAGAGGUUUUCUUGAGUUUUCUCCAUGUACUUCCGAAUACGAAAAAGCAUAUAACCAUCCUUGAUGAUGUUAGUGGUAUCAUCAAACCGGGCAGAAUGACGUUACUUUUGGGUCCUCCAAGUUCGGGGAAGACCACAUUGUUGUUGUCGUUGGCCGGGGGUCUUGCUAAGGAGCUUCAGAUAUCUGGAAAGGUGACGUACAACGGCCAUGAGUUACAUGAGUUUGUACCCGAGAGAACAUCCGCUUAUAUCAGUCAAAAUGAUGUUCAUAUUGGAGAAAUGACCGUUAGAGAAACACUGGCGUUCUCCGCCCGAUGCCAAGGAGUUGGAUCGCGUUAUGAGAUGUUGGCGGAGUUAUCAAGAAGAGAGAAAAACGCAAACAUUAAGCCCGAUCCCGAUAUUGAUAUUUACAUGAAGGCUGCUGCAACAGAAGGUCAAGAAGCUAAUCUUGUCACAGAUUAUACGCUCAAGAUAUUGGGAUUAGACAUAUGCGCAGACACCAUGGUAGGUGAUCGGAUGAUUAGAGGUAUUUCAGGUGGUCAAAAAAAGCGAGUUACAACAGGUGAAAUGAUAGUUGGACCAUCAAAGGUUCUUCUUAUGGACGAGAUAUCAACGGGUUUGGAUAGUUCUACAACUUUCCAAAUAGUGAAUUCGUUAAAGCAAUACGUUCAUAUUCUCGAAGGAACGGCUGCUAUAUCGCUCCUCCAGCCUGCACCGGAGACGUAUGAUUUGUUUGAUGACAUUAUCCUCUUGAGCGAUGGGAAGAUCGUGUAUCAAGGCCCACGUGAAAACGUGCUCGAGUUUUUUGAAUCUAUGGGAUUCAAAUGCCCGCAGAGGAAAGGUGUUGCUGACUUCUUGCAAGAAGUGACAUCAAAGAAAGAUCAGAGACAAUAUUGGAUGAGACAAGACGAGGCUUACAGAUUUGUGACAGCCAAGGAGUUUGCGGAGGCGUACGAAUCAUUUCAUAUCGGAAGCAAACGGAAAGUCGAACUUGCAACCCCGUUUGACAAAAGCAAAAGCCACCCUGCGGCUCUUACAAACAAUAAGUAUGGUUUAAGCAAGAAGGAGCUCUUGAAAGCUUGCAUCGAUAGAGAAAUACUACUCAUGAAGAGAAAUUCAUUCGUAUACAUCUUUAAAAUGUUCCAACUAACGGUUAUGGCGCUAAUCACUAUGACCGUGUUUUUCCGAACUGAGAUGCAUAGACGUGGUAUUGAAGAAGGAGGACAAUACGUUGGUGCUCUGUUCUUCGGUGUCGUCAUGGUCAUGUUCAACGGGAUGGCCGAGAUUUCAAUGACGAUUGCAAAGCUUCCCGUGUUCUACAAGCAACGGGAUUUCCUUUUCUAUCCCACAUGGGCAUACGCUCUUCCUUCGUGGAUUGUCAAGGUUCCUAUUUCGUUUCUUGAAUCUGCAGUGUGGGCAAUUCUCACUUACUAUGUAAUAGGAUUUGAUCCUAACUUCUGGAGAUUUCUGAAACAUUACUUGCUACUCGUGGUUGUCAACCAAAUGGCUGCCGGAUUGUUUCGAUUCAUGGGGGCAGCUGGUCGCAAUAUGAUUGUUGCAAACACGUUUGGUUCAUUUGCACUUCUCAUACUCUUUGCGUUGGGUGGAUUUGUGUUAUCUCGAGAGAACGUAAAGAAAUGGUGGAUUUGGGGAUACUGGGCAUCACCAAUGAUGUAUGCUAUGAACGGAAUAGUGGUAAACGAGUAUCUUGGGCACAAGUUUAACAAGCCGUUCUUUGGUACCACACUAGGGAAAGCUAUAGUCAAAUCUCGAGGGUUGUUCGCGGAAAGUUAUUGGUAUUGGAUCGCUAUCGCGGCUUUGUUGGGUUACAUGGUGGUCUUCAAUUUAUGUUUCAUGAUGUCUCUACAAUUCCUCAAUCGUGAGUUUUUGAACCUUUUUAAGACGCUGAAUGAGGGUUAUUGCUAUAAACUUUGUUACCCGUGUGUGACGUUUGGCAUGAACUCUACAGCUUUCGGGAAAUCUCAAGGAAAUACAUCGAACGAAGACCACGAUGCAGCUGCCACCGAGUUAUCAUCCGCAAAUCAAAACAAUCAACCCAAGAAGAAAGGAAUGGUGCUUCCAUUUGAACCACAUUGCAUUACAUUUGAUGACAUCAAGUAUUCGGUUGAUAUGCCACAGGAAAUGAGAGAGCAAGGUACUGGUGAAGAUAGACUGGUGCUUUUAAAGGGUUUGAGUGGAGCUUUUCGACCGGGUGUUCUUACGGCGCUUAUGGGGGUUAGUGGUGCCGGUAAAACGACUUUGAUGGAUGUGCUCGCGGGUAGAAAAACGGGGGGAAUUAUAGAUGGCGACAUCCGGAUUUCUGGGUAUCCGAAGAAACAAGAAACAUUUGCUCGGAUUUCUGGAUAUUGUGAACAAAACGACAUCCAUUCUCCUCAUGUUACUGUUUACGAGUCUUUGAUCUACUCAGCUUGGCUACGGUUGGGAUCAGAUGUCAACGAAGAGACAAAAAAGAUGUUUGUUGAUGAGGUGAUGGAACUUGUGGAAUUGAAACCAUUGAGAGAUGCGCUAGUCGGGUUGCCUGGUAUCAAUGGGCUAUCGACAGAACAACGAAAGAGGUUAACCAUAGCGGUCGAGCUAGUGGCUAAUCCCUCUAUAAUAUUUAUGGACGAGCCAACAUCAGGGCUAGAUGCUAGAGCGGCUGCUAUUGUGAUGAGAACUGUUAGGAACACAGUGGACACGGGAAGAACGGUUGUGUGCACCAUUCAUCAACCAAGCGUCGAUAUAUUUGAAGCUUUUGAUGAGCUAUUUUUGAUGAAAAGAGGAGGGCGAGAGUUAUAUGUUGGACCUGUUGGUCACAAUUCCUGCCAUCUAAUCAAGUACUUCGAGGAUAUCGAAGGGGUGAGUAAGAUUAAAGACGGAUAUAACCCUGCGACUUGGAUGUUGGAAGUCAGUACUUCGUCACAAGAACUGGCGUUGGGAGUCGAUUUUACUGAAAUCUACACUAAUUCGGAACUUUAUUCGAGAAACAAAGCCCUUAUCAAGGAACUAAGCGUACCGCGUCCCGGGACGAGUGACCUCCAUUUCCCGACUCAAUACCCACAGCCAUUCUUCACCCAAUUUCGUGCUUGCUUAUGGAAACAACGAUGGUCGUAUUGGAGAAAUCCUCCGUAUACCGCUGUCCGUUUUGCCUUCACCACUGGCAUUGGACUCAUGUUCGGAUCUAUAUUCUGGGAUCUUGGUAGUAGAAGGAAAACCGUGCAGAAUUUGUCUAACGCAAUGGGUUCAUUAUAUACGUCGGUGCUCUUUAUAGGAAUCAAUAACGCAUCCUCGGUCCAGCCCGUUGUGGACAUUGAACGGACCGUCUUUUAUAGAGAACGAGCUGCUGGAAUGUAUUCUGCAUUGCCAUAUGCCUUUGCUCAGGUACUGGUGGAAAUACCUUACAUUUUUGCACAAGCGGCAGCGUACGGUCUUAUAGUGUAUGCGAUGAUAGGAUUCGAUUGGACGGCCGAGAAAUUCUUCUGGUUCUUAUUCUUCAUGUUUUGCUGCUUGCUCUACAUGACGUUCUACGGUAUGAUGACUGUCGCAAUCACUCCCAAUGCCGACAUCGCUACCAUCAUUGCCGCCGCGUUUUACGGGCUCUGGAAUCUGUUUUCCGGAUUCAUUAUCCCAAGACCCAAAAUUCCGAUAUGGUGGAGAUGGUACUACUGGGGAAAUCCGGUGGCGUGGACGCUGUACGGUUUGGUUGUUUCGCAGUUCGGGGACUACGAAGACGUGCUUACGGAAGGGGAGACGGUGAAGGGUUAUCUACGUCGAUAUUUCGGGUUCAAACAUGAGUUUCUUGGUGCAGUGGCUGGGGUUCAUGUGGGAUUAGUGAUCCUUUUUGCAGUUAUAUUUGCUUAUUGUAUUAAGUCUUUCAACUUCCAAAAGAGAUAGAAAGAAACUCCAUUGUUUUUCAAGUUAUUCAGCACCCAAAUUAAUAAGCUUUUGACGAUAAGCCA